GUGAGGACGUGGCGCGUGCGCGUUUUCUCCAUCAAAAUACAAGGUACACGAAAUGGCUGUCGAUUUGAGAAAAUGACUUAAAAUUAGCCGAUUUAGCUCAUAACACAUCACCAUGUGGGUCCGACCUGAAGAUGUUUUACUCGCUAAUGCUCUGUGGGCCACAGAAAGAGCGAAUCCGUACUUUGUGAUGCAAAGACGGAAGGGUCACGGAGGCGGCGGGCUAACUUCUCUUUUAAUCGGAACAUUAGAUAAUGUUCUGGAUUCAAAGCCAGCACCAUUUCGCAUAUUACUCCAGUUGGCAAAUUCUGAUGUUAGUUAUGUGAUAUCUAGUGCAUCUUCCUUUAAAGAAAUAGAGUCAGAUUGGGAAUGGCUUACCAAAUACCUCCUCGAAACUCUCUCAAAUAUUGACAGUGAUGAUGACAUCAAAGACUUUGUGAAAGCUAAAAUAGAAAGUCUUGUUGCAAACUGUGAACCUGAUGAAGACACCUCAACAAUUGAGCAAGAUACGGAGACAUCAAAAUUCAAGUCAGCCAGCAACAGGUUUCACAGGCUUUUCAAUAUGCCAGAACAAGACAAACUUGUCAACUACUAUUCCUGUAGUUAUUGGAAAGGUAGAGUGCCUCGUCAAGGCUGGCUUUACCUCUCUGUCAAUCAUCUGUGUUUCUACUCCUUCCUGAUGGGGAAAGAGGCCCGCCUUGUUAUAAGAUGGACUGAUGUAACAUCAUUAGAGAGAACCAAUAGUGUACUGCUACCUGAUGGCAUCAAGGUCGCAACACGUGAUGGCGAGUUUUGUUUCUCACUACUGCUGCACCCAACUGAAACGUUUGGUCUUAUGGAGCAGCUGGCAAAUCUUGCCAUGAGACAAUUACUUUCCCAAGAGGGGUUUGAGCAAGACAAGUCUCUUCCUAUUUUAACUAAAAAUCAGGGUAAAACAAUGAAAAAAGUACCGACUCUGAAGAGAGACCUUGAUGCUCGAGCUCAGAGUGAAUACUACAGGAAUCUUUUCCGGCUACCAGUUGAAGAAAAACUAGAUGGUCACUGCGAGUGCACGCUGUGGAGCCCUCAUAACAAAGCUCAUGUUUGGGGAACACUUUAUUGCUCCCCAAACUUUCUAUGUUUUAACAGCAAGAUUCGUCAGCUUUUGUCGGUGGUGGUUCCAAUGAGAGAGAUUACCUUGGUGGAGAAGGUGGACACGUCAGCAUUAAUACCCAAUGCUUUGCACAUCACUACUAGAUCAAAGGCAAAUUUCCUGUUUGCAUCGCUGAGGGACAGAGACUACCUUACUCAUCUGAUAUCAGACUUCCUUGCCAAGACGCCAGAACCAAAAGAUAUCGGCGGAGAAUGGGAGCUUGCAGGUCGUGAGCAAAAGCCCAAGAAGAAGACAGAAUUCCAGCCUCCUCUCACCCAAGUAUUCAGUAGUACACCCACAGACCAGAUCACGGCCAAGGAAACGGUCAAGGAACAUUUGUGGAGGUUGCAUCUGGCUGAAUACGGGAGAGGCGUCUGUAUGUACCGCACUGUGAAGACGCACGAGUUAAUCCUAAAGGGCAUCCCUGAUAACCUCCGUGCUGAGAUAUGGCUUAUAUUCUCCGGUGCUAUUAACGAGAUCGAGACGCACCCUGGGUACUAUGUAUCUCUAGUAGAGCAGUGCGAAGGCAAGUCAUCUCUUGCUUUCGACGAGAUUGAAAGGGAUCUGCACAGAUCCCUCCCUGAACACCCAGCCUUUCAGUCCGACGUCGGAAUAGGAGCCCUGCGAAGAGUGCUGACCGCCUAUGCUUGGAGGAACCCCAGUAUAGGUUACUGCCAAGCAAUGAAUAUCGUAGCCUCCGUGCUUCUACUCUACUGCACAGAGGAGCAGGCGUUCUGGCUGCUGGUAGCGGUCUGUGAGAGGCUUCUCCCUGACUACUACAACACGAAAGUUGUCGGUGCCCUGGUCGAUCAAGGAGUGUUUGAAGACUUGACACGUGACCAUCUACCGGAGCUGUACGACCACCUAAAGGACCUCGGGAUCCUCAACAUGAUCUCACUCUCUUGGUUCCUUACGUUGUUUCUCAGUGUGAUGCCUUUUGUGUGCGCUGUGAACAUAAUCGACUGCUUCUUCUACGAUGGAGCAAAGGUUCUCUUCCAAAUCGCUUUGGCUUGUCUCGACGCCAACAGAACCAAGCUUUUAUCAAUAGAAGAUGAUGGAGAGGCCAUGACCAUAUUAGGGGCGUACCUGGAUCACGUGACAAACAGAGAUUCUUCUAUACCUGCGACUACAAUGUCUGUUAAUAAUCGCAGCCUUGGAAUUCCUUCUCCAGGGUUUUCGACAUCAGUGGACGUGUCAAAUCUCAUACUAGAAUCGUAUCAGAAGUUUGGCUUCAUCACCGCAGAGAACAUCGAGUCAAUGCGUAACACCCAGCGGCUGAAGGUUGUCCAGGGACUGGAAGAUAGCAUGCGUCGGAAUGCUGUCAGGUCCAUCGGGGCAGAGAGCUCGGAUUUUGACCAGAAAGAGCUGGAGCAACUGUACGCUGUAUUCAAGACGGGUCACAUCCAGGCUCGUAACCGUGGCUUUAGCGAAGUAAAAGAUUCGACAUCAUGGCAACAGCAGUAUAUCGACCUGUAUGGCUUUGAACCACUCUUCGUUACGCUAACAAACUGGGGCAAGUGCGAGAUCGCAGACACGCUAGCCAGACGCGCGUUCAAGGUGAUUGCUGGCGACGACAGUGACCUGAUCACCUUCAAAGGGCUCGUUUGGGGACUUGGAACCAUUUGCAAGGGCGACGUGCAGCACCGUCUACGAUUUAUGUAUAGAAUGCACAUUGCGCCCGCGAUCACUGAUGACUUGGAGGACAGCGAUGGAAUCGACACAUGUAGUGAAGUCACUGAGGAUGAGCAGGGGGCUGGUGUCGGGGCGUCUGAGCCAACAGGAAUCCCAAAGACACAAAAAGACGUUCUUGUCCCAGACGAGGCGACUGUUAGCUCUAGUUUAAAAAGCCGCGAGUCUAUUGACCGAAUGCUGCGCUCAGACGAGGGCAACAGAGAUGCUGUUGAGUUGCCACGAAUGACCCAGGAGCAGUUUAUUCACCUGUGGAAAACAAUGUACUCCCUGUUUCGUGAACUGCCCAACGAACAACAAAUGUACCAGGCAAUAGCUACAGUCGGCAACAUCCUGCUCAAACUUGGAGACUUCGCUCACGACCGGAAUCUAAUGACGGAUAACAAAUCAGCAGAAGAAACAGCCCAAAGCCUGGACUCUUCUCUCUCCGAGCGACUUGUCGAGUGUGCACCGACGCCAUCCGAAUCAGGCGCGUCAUCACAAGCACUGGGGUCUUCGGCAGCUCCGAGUCUAACCGAAGUAGCCACGAAUUCAUCCGGACAAUUAUCCUCAUCUUUUCCAAAGGGUUUGCCCGACCUCUCGGCCAGUCCAAACUUACCCGAUGGUGUCACGAGUUUGUCGAGUUCGUCGUCGUUAUUACGAGACAUUCUUGCCGACGCUGUUCGAAGUAGCGAGUCUUCUCUUAGCAGCCCUGUACGGUCGACCAGCGGAGAAGAUUACGUCAUGGUUCAGAGUGAGGAUGGCUUUAGUAGCCCAGAGCACCUCGACUUCGAGCAGAACGGCGUGGCAGAGACCCUAAACAGGGUCUACAACGAACUGGACUCGAGAGAUCUCCGACUAUCCGACCAAGAGCGCUCUGUCUCUAUCCCGGGCCUUGGCGAGGUCUCCGCAAUUAGUGAUGUCACUUCCGGUGGCUUGGCUUUCGAGGACGAGGGGGAUUACCCGGACAGACCGGGCUCUACUGGUUUGAUUGACAGCCUGUGGUCUAUCUCUUUUGAACAGUUUCUGGCUUCGAUGCUCACCGAGCCUUACUUAGUACACUACUUCGAAGAACAGGUGGACGUGAUAGAACGGUUAAAAAGGUUGAAAACGGAGGGUAUUAGUAGUUUUAGUGCCGCUAAUACAACCAACGAAUAAUUCACAAGAAGCUAGAGCUAGUAAUGUUCACUGUUAUUGACAGAUGUGUGCUUUGCUCUAGUCAUCUUUCCACAGUCAUUCAGUUUGCGCCUCGGUAUGCUGCCCUCGACUCCCUGGUUUACUGUACCUUCUUGUACUUCACUAUUCUCGAGGAUCUAUUGUUCUUCAGAGGCGAGAAAGUCACACCGCUCUUCUUCGGUAGGGACCCUUACCGCCUGCAAGUAACGCUUGGACCCCGAAUAUUUUACUCCACGCCGAGGGUGCAACUUACAUCUGAUAAUAUAUUGUCACUUUCUUGAGACGGCAACCCUCACAUGAACAUAAAAAGUGGCCGCUGGGUAGAGGUCUGGCACUAUCUCAUACAGUACCAUGAAUACGCAUGAGUCCGGCCAAAAGAUUUGCAUUCCAUGAUUUUAGAAAUAUUGUACAUUUAAUCCAUUCGCAUGUGUGUUCCUCACUAAAACAAGUUUACCUCGUUCACUGAAAACGAUAGAUGUUACACCCACAGUAAAACAACCAUUACCAUUAUCGCAACCAUUUCCACCAUGUCUGCAUAUGACUUAAUUCCUUGCUCAAGAAUUUACGUUGUUGAUCGCGGGUUUCUUUCAUCGAUAUACUAUUUCAAAAUAAAUGAUCAAAUUUUUGCUUGUGGCUAAAAGAAAUCCUAAUGUAUGAACCAUGGGGUAAAUAUAAGGGUUAACAUUUAUUUGAGCUGUGAAUGUUACCUUACCUUAGAACGUACCUUACAAUAGUAAACUAAUUAUACUUUGCAAAA